GCACUCGGGGUCGCUGCCGUACCUGCCGCCGCCGUCCUACGAGAAGGCCCUGCAAGAGUCGCAGGCCGCGGUGCUGAUGCGGGGGCAGGCCUUCCAGGACGACGACGACGACUACGUGCAGCACCGUGAGGACCGCGAGGACGGCUACGAGACCCUGGCCAUGCAGCCGCGCCACGCACCGCCGCUGCAGCACCAGUCCUCGUCGUCGUCGUCCUACCCCGACAGCAUGGACGUGGUGAACGUGGCGGGCCCCAUCAUCCUGCACAAGAGCAGCAAGGCGCUGUACCGCGCCGUGGCCGCGCAGUGGGGCAUCACCUGCAAGAUGAACGACCACUGCCGCUGCCUCGACUGCCAGAGCCGCUACUUCGACUGCGACUUCGACCUCAACGAGGAGGGCAAGACGGACGGCGGCCUCGGCGCCACCUCGCCGAUCUUCCUGCAGGAGGUGAUGCACGGGUCGGCCUGCCAGAUCCUGUGAGGCGGUUUGUUGCUGUGCGGCCUGGUGGCCGUCACGGUGGUCACGGUCGUCUUCGCGACGCGGGGCGCGCGGGGCGAGCAGGGCGCCGUUCACCGCGGCCGAGCUCCUGCCCGAGGCGAAGCGCGCCGUCUCGUCGAAUGCUCGCCGUCCAGAGGUUACGGCCGCUGGCGGCGGCUUGGGCGCAUCACGACUGAAAGCUUGGCGUGGUUCUCUACCCGCCAGAGCCUUUUUCCGAAAACGAGUUUCGGUUGCGAAGAUUAAAACGAGUGGCUUUCGUAGCCGUGUCGGCAGUAGGGGUUGCUUACAACGCGAUUGUGUACAUAUACUUAUAUCACUCUAGCUCUAAGUGUUGAUGUAUCAUUUGAAUUUUCGAUUCGAUGCCUCUACAAUCAUUGCACCGGAGCGGGUUACUUGUGCCAUCGAAGAGAGGCGUCGAGUCAAAGUCCAACUUUUCUCCUGUGUGUGUGUUUUUGUAAUAUUGUAAUUAAACGUUUCCAGUCAACGAACACUUCGGUUUCGUUCAAAUCGCCGCGUUGGAUCCCAUUACCGAUACAGGGAGUGUCAGCACCUUUGCGGUGCGCCCCCGUCUUUUAGGCUUGUAGAGUCGGCGGCAGGGCUAGCAGUGUGUCGCAGUGCGCCACAGUGUGCCUGCCACAGCUGCCUCCGUCAGACAGACUCGCUGUGCUGUGCGAACCAAGUCUGAUACCAUUGUAGCAAGCCGCUGCUUCGCUGCGCACUUUCCUUUUCGGCUCAUGUUUUCGGUGAGGCUGGCCCUUGCGCGGCAACCAGCUGGUCUGGUUCGGCACUCUUUCUUUAGAACACUUUUUAUCGUUAGUGUUGCAAAGCGUUGUGAUGGCACCUGCAAUUUUUUCAUUCGUUAGGAAAAAAUAUUUAAAAACAAGAAAAAAAAUACUUAAAAUAAACUUUUUGGAGCGCGUGCUGUUCUUUCAAACCGUAUAGGCGCAGCGACUUGCUAGGAUAGCUUUUUUUUUUUUUUUUUUUUUUUUUGAGAAAGGCCUCUCUUUUGUUGGGAACGUUGUUUGUUAUUAAGAGCCUGCUUGGGAAGCCCCGUUGUCGGGCGCAACUUGCUGACUGAUAUUGUGAUGUAAGGAAAUCUCUGCAAGAGUUCAGGAUCACGGCCUGAUGAGAAAGUUGAGGAAUGUAUCUGGUUUUUUUGGCCGUUUUGGCCUUGAGCAAUUUGAGAAGAGCAAAGUGCCGCGCAGUGCAGGCUGCUCGUUGAAAUGGCCAUUCCUUUUGCCUUGUUCAGUGGAGAGCUGUUGUGGGUGCUUUUGAAAAAAAAAUAAAGAAAAACACACCUGACGUUAGGUCUAUGCUGCUUAACUCUCAUUAAAACUAACUAACAAUUCGUGUGGACCAGUCACUUUACUGAACUGAACUUAAAGAAUUAUGAAUAUUAUAAUCCCCAAAAUUUCUAUUAUAUUUUGUAUAACUGUGUCGUGGUUUAAGUUACAAGGCGUGAGAGAGGGCGUCUUCGAUAAUUUGCUUGUUCACACAGCUGUAGUUGAUUACCGGUUGUAGGGCGAGUGCGCAAUCGCAACCUUUCCGUAUAGUUUUCUGUGUAGUUUUCUGUGUAGUGGAACUAAAACUUCAAACUGACUACGUUGAUGUACACCGGUGUUUUAACAAUUAGGUACGUUGUAGAUCGUGACAAAAAAGUUGUGCGUCUCAUGACUUUGGUAAAGAAAAACAUUGUUCAGAAUAACUCCGAAUAGAUUUCCUUUUAAGUCAAUAACAUAAUAAGAUGUAGUUUUCCCCCUUUCUUACAGCAUAACUAGAGGUGCUACGUGGCCAAAUAUGUGUGUUGUAGAAUAUUGUGCAUUCCUACGUGUGUACAUACUCCAGUUCCUAGUGUAUGUCGCUAGUAAACGUUUAGUUAUAGGCAUGAGUUGUUCCCUCAAUUGUGUACAUAACUUGCUGAUCUUCGGUCUCUCUUAAAAUCAAUGCAAAUCCAUAGGAAGACAAAGCAAAAAAAAAUCAUUUCGACAGCAAAUUUCUUACGAAAAGACGAAAACUUUAUGUCUGUCUGUCACUGUGUUCAAACUGAAAACUUGUGUGUGGUUAAAAUAAAAUGAAAUAAAUCCGUUA